GGGAGAGAUCUAUAGAGACAGAAAGAGACAGAUAUAUAGAGAGAGAGACAGAGACAGAGAGAGAGAGAGAGAUAUCUAUAGAGAGAGACAGAUAGAGAGAGGUGUGGGUGUCUGGAACUGCACAGCACAGCAAUACUGUCUAUCUGAACAUCAAAUGGACCUCUGCUGUAUGGUACAGUAAACCCUGCUUCAAUUCCUGGAUAAAGCUGGAUGGUCUGAGUCUAGGAGCACAGUGACUGGGAUCCUACUGAAUCCUGCAGUGUGCUCUGUAGACAAACACAGUGACUGGGAUCCUACUGAAUCCUGCAGUGUGCUCUGUAGACAAACACAGUGACUGGGACACAGCUGUACUGGCUACUGAUUCCUUUGGAUGCUCUGAGAACACAGUGACUGGGACACAGCUGUACUGGCUACUGAUUCCUUUGGAUGCUCUGAGAACAUAGUGACUGGGACACAGCUGUACUGGCUACUGAUUCCUUUGGAUGCUCUGAGAACACAGUGACUGGGACACAGCUGUACUGGCUACUGAUUCCUUUGGAUGCUCUGAGAACACAGUGACUGGGACACAGCUGUACUGGCUACUGAUUCCUUUGGAUGCUCUGAGAACACAGUGACUGGGACACAGCUGUACUGGCUACUGAUUCCUUUGGAUGCUCUGAGAACACAGUGACUGGGACACAGCUGUACUGGCUACUGAUUCCUUUGGAUGCUCUGAGAACACAGUGACUGGGACACAGCUGUACUGGCUACUGAUUCCUUUGGAUGCUCUGAGAACACAGUGACUGGGACACAGCUGUACUGGCUACUGAUUCCUUUGGAUGCUCUGAGAACACAGUGACUGGGACACAGCUGUACUGGCUACUGAUUCCUUUGGAUGCUCUGAGAACACAGUGACUGGGACACAGCUGUACUGGCUACUGAUUCCUUUGGAUGCUCUGAGAACACAGUGACUGGGACACAGCUGUACUGGCUACUGAUUGCUUUGGAUGCUCUGAGAACACAGUGACUGGGACACAGCUGUACUGGCUACUGAUUCCUUUGGAUGCUCUGAGAACACAGUAGUCACUGUACUGUAGCCAUGCUGUGUGGUCUAAGGAGAGAUGUGAAGAACAGUUUUGAUGAUGGUCCUUACUCUAAAGGGAACAAGGACUCACAAGGGACAGACAAUUCCCUGACCUCCAGGAGACAGAGUAUCCCAGAAGAUGUGCGGGGCGUGACGAUAGUGGAGCUGAUUAAGAAGGAAGGCAGCACCCUGGGCCUCACCAUCUCUGGAGGAACAGACAAGGACGGAAAGCCCCGCGUCUCCAACCUACGACCAGGAGGACUGGCUGCCAGGAGUGAUCAGCUGAACGUGGGCGACUACAUUAAGUCAGUGAAUGGUAUCAACCUGACCAAGCUGAGACACGAAGAGAUCAUCAGUCUGUUGAAGAACGUGGGCGAACGAGUUGUCCUGGAAGUGGAGUACGAACUGCCCCCAUCAGCACCAGACAGUACCUCAGGUGUGAUUUCCAAGACAAUGGAGAUAUGUUUGCACAAAGAAGGGACCAGCUUCGGCUUCGUCAUGAGAGGGGGCUCACACGAAGACUGGAACAAAUCUCGCCCCCUAGUGGUGACAUACGUCAGACCAGGAGGUCCUGCAGACAGAGAGGGUAGCCUGAAAACGGGGGAUCGUCUGAUGUGUGUAGACGGGGUGCCCCUCCACAGUGCCAACCACAGGGAUGCCCUCGCCGUGCUCAACCAGUGUGGUCAGGAGGCCCUCCUACAGAUCGAGUAUGACGUCUCUAUCAUGAAUACUGUGACGAAUGUGUCUGGUCCCCUAUUGGUGGAGAUUGCCAAGUCACCAGGGGCGGCUCUGGGUAUCACCUUGACAACCGCCACCCACAGGAACAAACAGGUCAUCGUCAUCGACAGGAUCAAAGCAGCUAGUGUGGUGGACAGGUGUGGAGCUCUCCAUACAGGGGACCACAUCCUGUCCAUCGAUGGGACCAGCACAGAGCACUGUUCAGUCCUAGAGGCCACACAGCUGCUAGCCAGCACAUCAGACCAGGCCAAGCUAGAGAUCCUCUCUGCCCACCACAGCAGACUGCCUAACAAACCACAGGACACUGUGAAGGUUCAGAAGAGUGACCACCCCCACUCGUGGGACCCCUGUGUGAACUACUGUCCCCCCCAGCACCCCUCCUCUCACUGUAAGACCUGGACCACCUCUAACAACCCCUCCAGCACACAGGAAUACUGCAAAUCCCUAGUGUCUACCAACUUCUCCCCUGGUUCCACCACCACAACAUCAGGUCCUGGGUCGACCAGCCAGAUAUCCAGUACGCUGCCCCGUACAGUCGUCCCCAUGAGCCCACGCAACUCCACGAUGAAGAGACGACAGAGGAAAAAAGAGCAUAAGAGCUCAUCCGUGUCCCUGGCGUCCAGUAGUGUAGGUCCUGGUGGCCAGAUCGUCCACACAGAGAGCAGUGAGAUCAUCCUGAGAGGAGACCCCCUCAAUGGCUUUGGGGUCCAACUACAGGGGGGAAUAUUCGCUACAGAGACCCUCUCUGCUCCCCCUCUCAUCCGCUUCAUAGAGCCAGACAGCUCUGCUGAGAGGUGCGGACUGCUGCAGGUGGGAGACAGACUCCUGUCCAUCAACGGAAUCCCCACGGAGGACGGAACACUGGAGGAAGCGAAUCAGCUUCUCCGAGAUGCGGCUCUGACCAAUAAGGUCUCCCUGGAGGUGGAGUUUGACGUCGCAGAGUCUGUUGUGCCCAGUAGUGGAACGUUCCAUGUUAAACUACCUAAGAAGAGAGGGGUGGAGCUGGGCAUCACCAUUAGUGCCAGUAAGAAAUCUGGAGAGCCGUUAAUCAUCUCAGACAUUAAGAAAGGCAGCAUGGCUCACAGGACUGGUACCUUGGAGCCUGGGGACAAGCUCCUGGCCAUAGACAACAUCAGACUGGAGAGCUGUUCUAUGGAAGACGCCUGUCAGAUCCUAGAACAGGCCGAGGACCUGGUUAAACUCAAGAUCCGUAAGGACGAAGACAACUCUGAUGAACAGGAGACGUCUGGUUUAAUCAUCUACACGGUGGAGCUGAAGAGAUAUGGAGGCCCACUGGGGAUCACCAUCUCAGGCACAGAGGAGCCCUUUGACCCCAUCGUCAUCUCUGGCCUCACCAAGCGGGGCCUGGCUGAAAGGACCGGAGCGAUCCAUGUGGGAGACCGUAUUCUGGCUAUCAACAGUGUCAGUCUGAAGGGCAAGCCGCUCAGCGAGGCCAUUCACCUGCUACAGAUGGCCGGGGAGACGGUCACACUCAAGAUCAAGAAACAGGUCGACAUGGCAGACGAGAAGAAGGAUGGAGAGAUGGAGAAUGAUUUGAGUGACACGGAGGACGUGUCGGACAUGACAGACUCUCAGAAGACCAACAAGCUGUCAGAGAUCUACUCCACCACCAUACCCAGUGUGGACUCUACCAUGGAGUCCUGGGACGGAUCCGGCAUCGACGCGGGCUACGGAAGCCAAGGGCCCUACAACCCCCAGGCGGCAGGCAUCGCCCUGCACCCCCAUGAGUGGAGGAGUGCCAGGCAGAGGACCAGCCCCCCGCCCCCGGGCCGCCGUAGUAACAACUACCCUUUCAGUGACGGGGGCUUCAGUGAAGACGACUGGGACAAACCGUCAGGAUACACCAGCCAGCCUCACAGUGACGCCAUCAUGCUCGACCACGAGGACAGUUUCUGGUGUCAGGCACUGGAAGACCUGGAGACCUGUGGACAGUCUGAGCUCCUCAGAGAGAUAGAGGCAUCUAUUAUGACGGGCAGUGCCAUCAGUAUUGGGGUGGAUGGUAACAAGUCCCAUGGCCUCCCCCACCCUGGAGACCCCGUCUGCCAGCCCCGCAUCAGCCCUCUGCGGAGGAGCUCCCUCCAGCACCACGAUGCCAAGACCCACCUGCACCAGGAGGCCCACCUCCACCAGGGGGCCCACCUGCACCCGGAGGCUCAUCUGCACCCGGAGGCCCAACUGCUGCAUCACGAGGCCAGAACCCAGCUGCAUCACGAGGCCAGGGCAAAGAACACACUCCGGGUGUCUGAGAAGACCUGGGAGUCUCGUAGGAUCAAGGAAGAGAUGCAGGAGAUCCUCUCCCCUACCCCUCUGGAGCUACACAAGGUGACGGUGAUGAAGGAUCCAGAGAGCGAUGACUUCGGCUUCAGCGUCUCCGACGGGUUCCUGGAGAAAGGUGUUUACGUCAACAUGAUCCGUCCGGAGGGCCCAGCAGACCGCGCAGGCCUGAAACCAUAUGAUAGGAUCCUACAGGUGAACCACGUGCGUACCAGAGACUUUGAUUGCUGCCUGGCUGUGCCUCUGAUCACUGAGGCUGGGGACAAGCUGGAGCUGGUGAUCAGCAGGAACCCUCUGGCCCAGCAACUGCACCAUGAACCGGACUGUCUGGACCAGGACCAAGGACUUCUCAUCUCUGCACUGCAGUCCAACAGUAGGGAACACCACCACUAUACCACUACAACCCGAGCCAUGGACCUGUAGUUACAGACAGACAGCACAGAUACGCCAAGCCGCAGACUGUUACCAUGGAGCAGUCUGUGAAUCUACAGACACACACAGAACAAUGGACCUUCUUUGGACAUGUGAACUACAGACGCAGCCACAGUCCAGUACCAUGGACACACCAAGUCACAGACUGAACUUCUGAAUGAACUACAGACAGGAGCCUCAAACCAGUACUACAGACAUGUGACUAAAGACACAGACCAGUACUAUAGACCUGUGACUAAAGACACAGACCAGUA